GGAGCGGGGAGGACCCGGCGGCUGCUGCGGAGGAUGCUAAGUUUGCGCUGGCUGCUGCUGCCGCUGGUUGCGGGGAUCCAUCCCGAAUGCAAGAUAUUCCAACAGGUGACGAAAGAGGAGGCUCUCUGCUUAGAAAAAAAUGAAUCCAUUUCACCCGAUUUUAAAGGAUGCCCCAGAGACUGGGAUGGUCUAAGCUGCUGGCCCAGAGCCACUUUUGGGGAAGUGGUUAAAGUUCCCUGUCCAGGAUUUUUUGAAGAAAUCACCAAUUUCCAUGGCGUCCUUCAAAGAAACUGUACAGAGGAGGCAUAUUGGUCAGAACCGUUCCCACCUUACACCAUUGCAUGUGGUUUUGAUGAAGGUUCCAGUAAAGGGCCAGAGGAUCAGAAAUCAUAUUAUUCUACAUUUUGGCGUGUCUACACUGCUGGCUAUGCAGCAUCAGUGACUUCACUCAUUACAGCUCUAAUUGUCUUUGCUGCCUUCAGAAAAUUCCACUGUACACGGAAUUACAUCCAUAUGCACCUGUUUGUCUCGUUUAUCUUGAGAGCAAUUGCUGUUUUCACCAAAGAUGCUGUUUUGUUUGCCGAUGAAACCAUGGACCACUGCCUAAUGUCAACGGUUGCUUGUAAGGCUGCUGUGGCAUUUUUUCAAUUCAGCAUUCUGGCCAACUUCUUCUGGCUUCUUGUAGAAGGGAUAUACCUGCAAACACUGCUUUUGCUGACCUUUGUUUCUGAUAAGCAGUAUGUAUGGUGGUUCAUAUUUGCUGGCUGGGGAGCUCCCACUCUUGUGAUGUCUGCUUGGGUCCUCACAAGAAUGCAUCACCAAAAUACGGGAUGUUGGGAUGAUGAUGAAAAUGGAGUAGUGUUAUGGAUCAUCAAAGGCCCCAUUCUGCUAACUGUAUUAAUUAACUUUAUUAUAUUUAUUAAUGUGAUCAGAAUUCUAGUCCAUAAAUUGAAAUCUCAAGAGGGAGGAGGGCGCCAUUCAAGCCACUUUGUGAGACUUGCUAAAUCCACAUUACUCUUGAUCCCUCUCUUCGGAGUGCACUAUAUUGUAUUUGCAUUUUUCCCAGAAAGCACUGGUCUGGAAGCUCGACUUUAUAUUGAGCUGGGCUUGGGUUCCUUUCAGGGCUUUGUUGUCGCUCUCCUAUAUUGCUUCUCAAAUGCAGAGGUUCAAAGUGAGCUCAAGAAACAACUGUGUAAAUGGCAGUAUCAAGAAUACCUUAACUUCACACACAAACAUGGGACUUUGUCCAGAGAAAACAGUCCAGUCAACUACGUCACUCAGUUAUCACUGCUGGAAAAAAUCAGUCCUAAAAGGAAAAUAUCUGUAUAUCAGAAUGGUGUAACUUCUGUCUGAGCUUAUCUAGAAGACUGAGGUCCUGUGAUGUUGUGACAUACUACCUAACAGAAGGCCAGUCUGGCUUUAUGGAUUUCCAUAUUGUCGGUACUUUUCUGAGAAUUUCUUGUCCUGAAUGUGAGCUGCUUUUCUUACCUUAUACGGAUCAGUAUCACAGCCCUGGUACUUUUCCUCCUUAAGCACACAAAAUCCACUUGUUUUGUAAUAAAAAGUUGGUAUGAAUUAAUAGGUUAGCACCCCCCAAAUCAAAGGAACUACACUCAUUCCUCCGAGGCCCACCAUAUAUGUAUCAUACCUUUGCUAGCGUUUCCCAAAAUUCCCGGUUCACACGAGAACUAUUCCUAAUCUUUGUUUGAAAUAGCUGCUUCUAGACACAGUGGCAAAAGUUUGUGACAGUGGUUAGGGAUUUUUUUACUAGUUGCUCUGAGACAGCUGAUGACAAUUUAAUGGGAAUUGCACAUCGAAAAGUGGUAAGCACCUACCUAUGGAGCAGCAAGCUCCUUUAAAAGGAGUCUCCAGGUGCCUCAAGAGUGACAUAAAAAAGAACGGGUAUUAUUAUCUGCUAGAUGAUUUUAUUCCAUAUUUGUUGUAAUAAAGAUUAAAUUAGGCAGGAAAACCCCAAGACCUUUCUUAUUCGUGGAAAGACUUGGAGUAGUUGGGCAUUAGGUGGAUUAUGUGUGUAUGACACAAGAACACACAGCAAACAGCAAUAUCCCAGCUGGGUUAGCUUGAGCUCAGAAUGGCUUACAGAGUUAGUCUUCCCAAUGUCCAGGCCCUGGUCCUUGUGUUGCUGGCAAAGACAAUCUACCACCAUAAUCUUGAAGGUCAGCUGGAUCAGUCAGUGAAAUACACAACUAAACUGUGCUUUUGAGCUCUUUUGGGGCCUCCUUCUGAGGACGGACUAACGUAUUUGUGACUGCUCUUAUCUCAAUUCUGCCCAUUUCAUUUCAAUUUAUUAUCUCUCAACUGAAAGAUGUCUCUGGGGCCAGAAUUAUCAAGAAAGCAAUAUGAUCUAAUAAAGCAGAGUAUGAAGCACAGAAUGAACCACUUCAGUCCUUGCAUCACUUUUCUCGGUGACCUUGCUCUUUCUUCAAGGCUGACCUGGACUCCACAUCAAACUCUUCAGAAGCAGGGAAAGGGCAUAAAAGGUUCACUAGAUACAGCUGUAGUUCCUUUCAAGGUAGGACCAUUCCCAGGAGGACCUGCAGGCAGACUUGAAAGUGCCACUAGAGACUGUGGACAUUCAAAUACAACCAUGGGGUUCUGUGAACUGGAAUAUCCGUCUAGCUUAUUUAUAAAAAAAAAAAAAAAAAAGAAAAGAAAACUAGUGGUCAAAUCCCUCGUUUUGCUGUGCUGUUGGUCAGUUACUUAGGCCAGAAGACACGUGGCUUUGUGGGAACCUCUUCAUUCAGAUCACUCCUUUAUUAAUUAAAUAUUAUCCAUUCUGUCUUAAAUACUCAUGUGUCCUCUACAAGGUGUCGUCUUUUCUAUUCUGACCACCCUAUUAGUUUAUCUUGUAAAUGUAACCCUCAAUCCUACAUUAAGUUCUGUUGCCUAGCACAGUGAUUUGGAUGCG